AGCCAGAGCAGGUGACGAGGAGACGGUCGCCUUGGGGUUUAUCUUGUCCCUUCCAAGUGCUACGACCUUGUCAGGGGCUCUGUAUUAGUUAGGCUGCAUCCUGUGCAUGGCCUGGUUUUUUGUUUUGCUGGGGAGGGAAAAAUCAUAAUAGCUACGCUCUCCUCUCUCUCUCUCUCUCUCUCUCUCUCUCUCUCUCUCUCUCUUAUCCUCUUGACUUUGUUCUCUGUUCUGGAGUUGCAUUUUAUUUUUUGGACUUUGCCCUUCUCCAAAGGUAGAGCAACAACAACAAAACUAUUGAUUGCAAACAGCAUCCAUUUAAGAAAAUCCCCAUUUUUUUUAUUAAAAAAGCAGAUGAUGCAUCUGUCCUCUUCAUCGGGCUGCCUGUGUUACUUUCUUUCACUGGGUGGUUCUGUUUAUACCUUGUCAUGGUUCCGUGUUUGGGUCGCUCCUCUCCUCUGUUCUUGCUUUCUGCUGGGUCGCCUGUGUCUCACUCCGAUGUCUGCAACACAGAGCAAGAAAAAGCACGAGCGUUUGUUGAAGAUGACAUUAGAGGAGAGGCGUAAAGAAUACAUACGAGAUUACGUUCCUCUGAAAGACAUCCCAACAUGGAUGGAAGAAAUGAAAAGCAAGACCCAAAGUGAUGAAAACACCCAGGAACCUUUGCUGGAGAAGAAAAAUCUGAGUGAGAAAGUCUCCCUCUACAGAGGUGAUAUCACGGUGCUUGAGAUUGAUGCCAUAGUUAAUGCUGCUAAUUCAAGUCUUCUCGGAGGUGGCGGUGUUGAUGGCUGUAUUCAUAGAGCUGCCGGCCCCUGUCUAGUCGCAGAAUGUCGCAACCUGAGUGGCUGUGAAACUGGACAGGCAAAAAUUACUUGUGGUUAUGACCUGCCCGCAAAAUAUGUCAUUCAUACUGUGGGCCCUAUAGCAAGAGGACAUAUUAGUGAUAGCCAUAAGGAAGACUUGGCAAAUUGCUAUAAGUCCUCCCUGAAAUUGGCCAAAGAGAACCUCAUCAGAUCUAUUGCGUUCCCAUGUAUUUCAACAGGAAUUUAUGGUUUUCCAAACGAGCCAGCUGCAAUCAUUGCACUUACCACAAUCAAGGAAUGGUUAAGCAAGAAUUAUCAUGAGAUGGAUCGUGUCAUUUUUUGUGUAUUUUUGGAGGUUGACUACAAAAUUUACAAGAAGAAAAUGAAUGAAUUCUUCCCUGCAGAGGGAGUGGAGCAGAAAGGCCAGUCUCCUUCACCCGUGAAAUGCAAAGCAAAGCAAUCUGAGGACCUGGAGGACAAUAAUGAGGGUGACAACGUCACAGAGGCGAAGCAAAGUACCGAUGAAAUCGAGAGUCAGAGUGAAGAAGCAGAUGAGGCAAAACCUACCGUUGUAAACAGCUCAACAGAUGGAGGAGAGAACGUUUGCAAGGAAAAAGAAUCCUCCCAAGAUGCCAAAGCUACAGAAGAACAUAACCCAAUGCCUCAUGCAGUCUGUGAACAAGAUCAAGCUGACGGACACCAAGAGGAAUCCACAGAAGUUGAAAUGAACACUCAGACAGAAUCUCAAGUCAUGGAAGCAGAAGAGACUUUGAUAACCCAGGAGGAGACCAUACAAGAAGAGAAACCACAGGCACCCGAGGUAGACAGAACUAAUCAAGAAAACAAAGGGGAAGAAAAAGGAGCAGGAGAAGAGAAAGGGAAACAUACUGCAGAGCCGGUGCAACCCGAUGGUCCGUGUGAUACAGAAAACAUUUCAAGUAAUGACAUUGAAAUGAAUAGUCAGGCUGAAGACAUAGAUGAACCUACAGAAUCCCAGACAGACAAUUAAUUUGUAGACGACCAUGAUGAGAGAAGAAGAGAAGAGGAGAGUGGAACAAGAACUGCAGUCACUGGUGCACUAUAUGACAACUUUAUGACUAGCAGACAACAGCACACCAAGGAGAGUGUGGGGAGGGGGGAGGGGGACUAAGGAUAAGGAUCCUUUACAUUUGUUUCUCUUCUUUGUUUCGUUUUGUUCAGUACACAACAUGAAGCUUCUCUACUUUGAUUACAAUGUCCUGGUUCACUCUUCUUUGCUUCGACCCUGUGUGUUUUUCAUCUUCUUUUGAAAAUCUAAGCCCCUCUGCAGAAUAUGUCCGCACACACACACACACCCUAAAUAUUAUUUCUCAGCUGUAAUACCUCUUCAAGGCAACAUGUGCGAAUGACCUUUAAACGUUGUUAGAAAUCCUCAGAGGUCUACUAGGGGAAUGUUCUUAUCCUUGGCCAUACUGGUACUUGUCAGCCUGUCAAGGCCAGUGCCUCGUAGUGUUCGGCUUGUUAUGCUUUUCUAUGGACAGCGGGGAAAGUAUAAGAACUAGAAACGCAUAGAGGCGUGUGAAUGGAGAUUUCAGGACCCAUGUGUCAGAUAUUACUGCUUCCAUGUGGAAUCUGCUCAAACAAACAUUUCUGGUGUUGCUGAAGUUGCCUGCAGGUAGCCUUAUGUAAACCAGAGGUUGGAAAAUAUUUCCAUAUGGAGAUUCUCCAUAUGAUUGAGACAAUCCAUCUGAUAAGAGGCUUGCAAGCAUUGCAACUCCUGUGUUUUUCAGUACACUUCAUGUAGGGACAAUUGAAUUGGCUGUCGGGUGCAUUUUAAGUUAUCCUUCAUGGAUGUGUGAGGUUACUCAUGGGCAAACUCAUGGGUUACUCAUAAGGUUACUCAUGGAGUUUCUAGACUAACUUGACUUUUCAUAUGACAAUCAAUUUCUGUCGUUAGCAAAUCCUUUGCUAAACUACUCACGGCAUGAAACAUUUUUGUACCCCAAUUGUGUUGCCACAUGGCCCUAUAUUUUAUUGUCUAGUAAUGGUCAGCUAGAUACGGAACAUUACUAUCACUUUUGGUGCCCUCUGAUGAGAGGGAGAGCUGAUAUUCUGCAUCUAGCACAUUAUAAAAUGUGGCUUCUGGCUUUAACAAUUUCUUGUCAACUCUUGUUAUAUUUUCAACUGCAUAUGCACACUUUUUAAUACAUAAAAAUGCAAUUAACAGUUAUUUGGUGACGAAUGUUGUACCAUAUGUCAUCUGUUCUGCUCGCAAAUGCUGUGCUCAACUUAAAAACAAGAAUUUUACAUUCAUUUUUCAACCACACUGUAAAUUAAAAUGAUACCCUACUUGCAAGAUUGAAAGAACACACAGCAUGAGUCCAUGGUUUGAUAUUCUGAAAACUAUUUUCCAACUGCUGUUAAAAACAAUUAGAGGAAUGUUUUUACAUUAUGAGAUUCUGGUUUAACUUAUUAUGCAUAGACACCAUCCUCCACAGUCCUAAAAUAAUUUUUGGAAUUUUCAAAACAACAGCAACAACCCCAAACAAUAAAGAUGUAGGGUGUGUGUGUGUGUGUGUGUGUGUGUGUGAAAUUAAGCUAAAAUCUAUCAGCCCUACUCUUUUUCUUCCAGUUUUGCCAACUUGAAUUUGUAAACAUAUUUUAAGCUUCCACAAUUGUAUAUGGAAAUAUGAAUUAGUUUACCGCAUGCCACGUAGGUGGGUUACCAAGCCAAGGCUGCUGUUUCCAUUGUGAUCUAUAGUUGUGUUGCCAAUUAAGCAACAUUUAUGUAUGGGCAGGGGGAAGAAACACUGUGCUAUGAAAAGAUGGCAUCGUCUAUUGCUAAUUUCACCUGUCAUUUUCAACCAUCCGUUGUGGUGAUGUCCAGAAAGUAAGAUUUUUUUCCAUCUGGAAUCACACAGGCAUUAAUAUAAUCAGCAUUAAUAUGAACCUAGGUUCCCUGUAUAAUAAAUUGUAUGGGUUACAUUUAAAUCCAUGUCGUCUGAUAUUUUGCUAUACUUAGUAAGAAUGUAUUUUAGUCUCCCAUUAUACCUGUGGAGCUCCUGUGCCUCUUCUUUUCCAUUCCUGCUAACUGGAAUCAGAAGUAUCUUUUUUAUGUUUUCUGCCCCACCUCCCUUCUCUUUGUGUUGAUUUAUCAUUUCUGGUAGAUUCCACAUACUGUGAUCGAAGGACUAGCAAGCUAUACGUCACAAGCACACCCCAAAUUAGCAGAAGCAAUCUGCAUGUAAAAGCAGCCUUCAGAGAAUGGAUUACCUUGCCCAAUUUGAUCCAUGCAUGAAAAGAGAGGUGGUGGGGCUUUGUAAAAACACAUGGGGCUACCUAAAUGAUGCCCUUUAGAGACUCACAUGCGUCUCACUACUUAUCCACACUUCCUGCCCUGUUGCCUUCCUCUUGCGAAAACCAUUCUUUAUGUUCAAUUGGAGCAAAUGGCAAUUUGGGUUUUCUCCAGAUUGACGUUGCCUCCAAUUUAGCACCAAGGAACAGGUUUUGCCCAGGAAAGGAGAGAGGCAAGGAGGAAACCACAUGGCGCAAGCAGAAGUGUGGACGAGCCCUCAGUCGAGUUGAUAUGCUCAGCUUUGGCUUAGCUCUACAUGACGUGGCAGUAAAAAAGAGAGCGGAGAGGAACAAAGCAGUAUAUAAAUUCAAUAAAUACAUAAUAAUAAAGCAACUGUGAACUCUCCAGAAGCCCAGUAAGCCAUAAUUUGGAAUGUUACAUCAUGUGAGCCAAUUUUUUUCCAUAUGGGAUUGUAUGGGCAAGAUUCGACUAAGGAGUCCCAUCAGUCGAAGAACCUCUGCUUGUGCAAUGAGGUUCCCCGUGCCCCACCAAGCACCCCUUGAAUUGGUUGUGGGGGGUUCAGGAGAACCCCUGGAACAGUACAUAGGGGGGAGAUAGGGGAGAUGGUUCUAUCCGGCAGGUUCCUGGCAGAACAAUCGGAAAAGUGAAGCUGAAUUCCUCCCCGUGUGUUGUUGAAAAUAAGCAAUGUGCACGCAAUAAUAUAGUUUCCCAUUUUCUUUUGGCUUGUGCUAUACAGGCACAUGCUUAUGCAGCCUAAGUAGGGUGUUGUUUUUUUUAAAGAGCUUAGUUAGAAGUACACACAGUAGAUUCUACAGAAAAUAUCAAAGCUGGACAUGAGCUUGGAGGUGCACGGGGUUAAAUCCAGACCAUGCCUCCACCCUUAGCCAUAUGUUUGGUGCUGCUUGGCGAAUGUGCCUGUAGGUGGUAUCUGUGAACAUGAGGAUCCAACUGGGCCAGGGCACAGCAGCAGCAAAUUAUUCCUCUAGAAAGCCUCAUCUCUGUAUGUAGUGGAGAACCAAAGCCUAUUGGCAUCUAAAUCCCCUCAGGCAGCAUUGUGAUUAAGUUUUAGAAAGGAGCAGACAAAAAGGGGACCAGGCUAGACAAUAGAGGAAUGUAGAAAAAUAUGCAGAGACACGUAAAGCUGUUUGAACGUCUACUGAAGAUGGAGAGGUGCGCGACAUGAUUAACUACCAAAAUACUUGGAUUGGAGCCUAUCUCCGCCCCCCCCUGCCCCCCAUUGCACAUGGCAGUAAUUUCAUUGCCAUUUCCACUUAACCUUGGUCCUCCUUAACAGUGGUGCUUCUUUCUGAAAGUUUUGCCUCAGGAUGCUAUCACAAAGUGUGAAGCAAACACAGAAUCUCAGACGACAAAGGUGGGGAAGGUCGAUUAAAUCGCAACCGUCUGGUGUCAGAUUUGACUCUGUGACUUACGAUUUUCUCAUUUGGGACUGUAGGGCUGUAUGUGCUUUCGGGUCAGGCGGGGUGGCCGUUUUUAAACUAAAUAAUGCAGGCAAUAAUACAAUUCCCAUUUUCUCAGCUAACGCGGCACACAAAACACUCUUAAUACAGCCUGAGUAGAUUCUGUUAGAGCUUAGAGAAACACACGCACAGUAGGCUCCGUAGAAGAUAUUAAAAUGUGUGAACUCUUACAUUAACACCAAGUUUUACUGACAUCUAAAAGAUAUACCGUCCCCCCAUCCUGACUGCCUUCACAAUACUUUGCACAUGGAGAACAGAGGCCCUAUAUUACUUGUGUUUGCAUCCAAAAACUAUUAUCUUAACGUUAUUGUUCCUAGGUGUCCUUUUCAUGUCCUCAUUCUACACUGAGGGGGGAGACUCUAUGCUAGCAAUUGUUCUGAUGAUUGACAAGUUUCCUUUUCAUAAAAAGUUUACAGAUGAGAUGUCUGGGACAUUACUUUCUCUAAUAUUGGACCGCAUACUAUUCACUGCAGCUAACUGUAAAUCUCUCCCUGAAGCACUGAAAAGCCUCUUUUGUGAAUUAACACUGUUCUGCUUAUGCACUUGAUUUCAAAGAAGACAUUUCUCUAUAUGCAGUGCAUGUUCGCUUUGCUUUUAAAAUGACAAAGUUAGCAAAAUAUGUUGGAUAUAUUUUCUUGGGAAAUAGGAUUUUUAUCAUACAAUUCAUCAAGGAUUUGCCUUACCCUGACAUUUGUGAUAUAAAGAAAGUCAGAAAAAAAAUGUAAUUUUCUUGAUCAAAAAUAUGUUUUUACUUCAAUGCAAAUAAAUGUAGUCUCUUGCUUGCAAAAUAUCUUCUAAUAUAGACUGCUAAAUAGGGUUAACUCAAGCCUCUUUUGUUAAUCUGACAUUUAAAUGCUGGACUUGCUGAUGAAUCUGUUCUUUUCCUUUUGUCUGUGCCAUACAUAACUGAAAACUCUAACAAAUGAUGCCUUCAUACUAAAAUGUUUGUGAAAAACAAAAUCAGAAUAAAACUUGUUCUGAGAUUGAAGCUGAA